AUGAGGACGCUUGUCGCCCUUACCUUUUUAGGAUGUGUUUUAGUCGUUUGCUCAGGCCGCGAGACCGGCCGGGGCGAAUCGGACCUGGUGGCUGCUGCAAGUCAUCAUAAAGAACACCAUCAUGAAGAAGGCGGUGGCAAGGAACAUCAUGGCCACCAUCAUCAUGAACAUGGUGAAAAGGGUCACAAGGGUCAUAAAGGACACCACCAUCACCACAAAGGUGAACAUGAUGAACAUCAUAAACAUCAUCAUGCCGGUCAUCAUCACGAACAUGGCGGUGGUCAUAAGAAGCACUGGGAUGAACAUGAUCAUCACGGUAAGCAUCAUGAGCAUGGACAUCACCAUAAGGGUGGAAAACAUCACCACAAAAAACAUCAUGACAAAGGUGAAGAAACUGAAGGUUACCAUAAGAAGUACCAUAAGGACGAAUAUCACAAGGACCACCACUUCUAUGAUGACCACCAUAAAGAAGGAAAACAUCAUAAGCACGGCAAACACCACGGUCAUCACGAGAAAAAGGGCGGUCAUCACAAAAAAGGAGGUCAUCACCACUCCGGUCAUGAAGAACAUCACCAUGGUAAAAAGGGACAUCAUGAUAAGCAUCAUUAUGAUGAAGAUCAUAAGGGUCAUAAAGGACAUCAUGGUCAUGAAGAACACCACCACCAUCACGAGGGACACGGAAAGAAAGGCGGCCAUGAGGACCAUAAGCACUGGGGAUUUCAUCAUGGAAAGCACUAG